UGACUCGUACGCGAUAUGGUUGUCCUUAACGAGUUGAGCUUUCCGCAUCAACUGUGCGUUUCUGUACUUCCUCGUCUUUUGGCAAGUUGUGAGGGGUAGAUCUUGGGUGCCCAUUUGGUAUAUAAGGAGGUCCCCUGCACUCUUGUUUUCUCAUAGUUCAGAGCAGCAGCUCAGAGAUACUCUCUCUCUCUCUCUCUCUCUCUCUCUCUCUCUCUCUCUCUCUCUCUCUCUCCAUUCAAUCUAUUUUCUCUACGAGCAUUAUAGAAGGUUUCAAACAGAAAAGAAAAAUGGUUAAGAUUUGUUGCAUUGGAGCUGGCUAUGUUGGGGGGCCUACAAUGGCAGUGAUUGCCCUCAAAUGCCCCAACAUUGAAGUGGCUGUUGUCGAUAUAUCAGUGUCUCGGAUCACUGCCUGGAACAGUGAUCAACUCCCCAUCUAUGAACCAGGGCUUGAUGGUGUGGUAAAGGAAUGUCGAGGGAAGAACCUCUUCUUUAGCACUGAUGUCGAGAAGCAUGUAUCAGAAGCUGACAUAAUUUUUGUUUCUGUUAACACUCCAACCAAGACUCAAGGCCUUGGAGCUGGCAAAGCUGCAGACUUGACAUAUUGGGAGAGUGCAGCUCGCAUGAUCGCUGAUGUGUCCAAAUCAGACAAGAUAGUAGUUGAGAAGUCAACUGUUCCAGUUAAAACAGCUGAGGCCAUUGAAAAAAUUCUGACCCACAAUAGCAAGGGAAUCAACUACCAAAUUCUAUCAAACCCAGAAUUUCUUGCAGAGGGGACUGCAAUCGAAGAUCUUUUCAAACCAGAUCGAGUCCUCAUUGGUGGGAGGGAGACCCCAGAAGGCCAGAAAGCAAUCCAAGCAUUGAAGGCUGUUUAUGCGCAAUGGGUCCCCGAAGACCGAAUCAUAACAACGAACCUUUGGUCUGCAGAGCUCUCUAAGCUUGCUGCAAAUGCUUUCUUGGCCCAGAGGAUCUCAUCUGUUAAUGCCAUGUCAGCUCUCUGUGAGGCUACUGGAGCAAAUGUUACGCAGGUUUCAUAUGCUGUGGGUAAGGAUACGAGGAUAGGGCCUAAGUUCUUGAAUGCCAGUGUUGGUUUUGGUGGGUCCUGCUUCCAGAAGGACAUUUUGAAUUUGGUUUACAUUUGUGAAUGCAAUGGCCUUCCUGAGGUGGCUGAAUAUUGGAAGCAAGUCAUUAAGGUGAAUGAUUACCAGAAGAGUCGUUUUGUAAACCGUGUUGUUUCCUCCAUGUUUAACACGGUGUCAACCAAGAAGAUUGCCAUUCUAGGUUUUGCCUUCAAGAAGGACACUGGUGACACGAGGGAGACUCCAGCUAUUGAUGUGUGCAAAGGGCUGUUAGGCGACAAGGCUCGAUUGAACAUAUAUGAUCCACAAGUAACAGAGGACCAGAUCCAGAGAGAUCUGACUAUGAACAAAUUUGAUUGGGACCAUCCCAUUCACCUGCAGCCAAUGAGUCCUUCUACUGUGAAGCAAGUGAGGGUGGUUUGGGAUGCCUACGAGGCUACAAAGGAUGCUCAUGGUGUUUGCAUUUUAACAGAGUGGGAUGAGUUCAAGACUCUUGAUUACAAGAGGAUAUAUGACAACAUGCAGAAACCAGCUUUCAUCUUUGACGGAAGGAACGUAGUGGAUGUGGAUAAAAUGAGGGAGAUUGGUUUCAUUGUGUACUCCAUUGGUAAGCCGCUGGAUCCAUGGCUGAAGGACCUGCCCGCGGUAGCAUAAACUCAUGCUGAUGAAAAGAGAGGCAUCAAUUGGAUCACUUGCAGUUGCAGCCGUGGCGGCAGGGUGGUUUCAUUCUUUACUAUUUGUUGAAUGUGUUCUUGAUGUUUCUUACUUUGCCUUCCAGUCAGGAUUAGUGUUAUUACUUCAUUUUGGUGCAAGCAAGAGGCUGUGUUUUACCUUACAUUGUACUUGAGAAACAUCACCAUUUGUCAUCUGUUUUUUCUUGGAGGAACCGGAUUUGAUUUUUGCCCA